AUGGAGCAAAAAAUUGAUUCUGACCUCCAGCUGGCUUCCAGGAAGAAUCGGGUGUCCCGCGGAUGCGCUGCCUUUGUUUGCUUUGGUCGCGCUUCUGGAGGACUCGAGGGCCCCUCCCCACCCAAAGUGGGUCCUGUCCAGCAGCAGGAUAUUGUGGCAGUGUCUCCUGCUGUUUCUGACAAGAAUGAGGAUUCUAGUGGGGAGGGUAAUUUUCAUGAGACAUCAAAUGAAACAGUUAGCGAGGUCCCUGGUUUUGAGAGGAGGAAAGUGCAGUGGACAGAUGCACACGGGAAAGAACUUGUUGAGGUCAGGGAGCUUGAACUCAGGUAUGGGUUCUUUGCAUUGAAAUUGUAA